AGAUAAGCCUUCAUCUGUCGUGAGUCUAAGCUGAGGAGAAACACAUUGUUGUGACUGUAAGUACUGACAUGGAACAAAGACAAAAAAGCCUAGGCCUGAAGCUUAAUUGGAUAAGAGUAUUCCCAUUUUAUACUGUUUUGUUCCGUUUUUAAUUGUUCUACUAAACUUCCUCCCACUCUUUCUAUUAUCAGAUAAAUCCUCCUGUUUUAGCUCUGUCGUGUACAGUUUUGCUCUUACUCUAUGGUAUGUUUUGCUGUUACAGUCAUCUCAGGGUUUUUUCUGGAUCAAAAAGGGGCUUAGGUGGUGGGCGUGGCCGGGGCAGCUGAAUUUUAUUUUUGUUUUAGCAUUUUUAAACCAAUUUCCUGCAAUUCUCCGAAUUUUUUCUUGGAGCCGAGAUACAUGUUGCAGUUUUAAAGUGAUGUUGGGCUGGUGCUGGAGAUAAUGAAUAUGAACUUGAGAAAUCUUGAUAUUUUCGUUUAAUAACAAAAUCAAUACUAUUAAAUAAUAUUGUUUUGGGAAUUUUCUAUUCCCUGACUGUCUAGCUUUUUAUUUUGGUGAUUGUUAGUGCUCAAAGAUCAUUUUUAUCAAAAUGAUAUAGGUCCAUUAUCUUAUAUAUAUUUUUUGGGUGUGGACUUGGGCGGCCUGCCCAAGGGUUUCUAUGGCAGAAAAAUCCCUGCAUCCUACUCUUGUUCUGUGGUGUUGAAGAGUUAAUACUCGUUCUUGUUCUGUGGUGUUGUAAGAGUUAAUACUCGUUCUUGUUCUGUGGUGGUACACGGGUAGUUCUAAACCCUCCUGUUGUUCUCAUCACAGGUUCUGUUGGGGGGUGGUCAUGCAGCACCCUAACUUUGAGACCCACCACCCUCUCCAGCCAGAGGGAGAGCAGGAGACUGGUUUUGAUCCGCUCCACAACUUCAACAGGAAUCGCAGCCGUGGUGAGUCGACAUUUACAACACAUUCAUUAAAGAUUUAUUAACAUGUUAUAAAUCCUUUAUAUAAUCUCUGAGGCUUAAUUAAGCUGUUAUUAACAUUUCAUAGUCAUAUCUAGUGAUGUGGGAAAAAGUCGAGACAGUUACUCAUCACAACAUUAUUUCUGGAUGAUAUUAUAAUGAUAUUUGACUCCUAGUAUAGAUUAGUAAAAUAUAUAUAUAUUAUAAUUUUUUGCUACUGUAGGUCAUGUUAGCUAGCGGUAGUCGGCUGUACCUGUGCCAAAACUACGGUAUUUUGCAUCGUAUAACUUGUUCUCCAUCUUGUUUUCAAAUAGUGAACCAACAUGUUUUCAGCACUUUCAUUUCCAUGACUGAUCAAAACUCAUUUUCUCAUGCUCUCUCGUCUCUCUGCAGCAGACAUAUAGUGAGCAAUAUGUUUGGAAUAUCAAAUUGCAAUAAAAUCGCAGUAUCGAAUCGCGAUACACAUACAAUAGUGAGAAUUGCAGUACAUAUCUUAUCGGCACCUAAGUAUCGUAAUAAUAUCGUAUUGUGAGGUCCCUGGCAAUUCACAGCCCUAUUCAUAACCAUACAAAAUGAAUAACAUGUGCGAGGUACAGAGAGAAAAGGAGAGAUGGAUGGAGAAAGGUUUAGAGAGAGAGAGGUGGAGUGGAUUGUAUACCGGUGAGUCAUUAAUACAGCUGAUCACCAACGUUCCCUCAAUUUUUCUUCAGGCAGUGAGUGAAUUUCAGGUUUGCUGAGCGCAAAUUCUCGGCAACUUCCGGCGUGCGUUUACUGUGAACACUGGAGAAAAUGCAUCCCAUAACAUUUUAACAUGGAAAUAGAUGUUCUAUGACACAACCUACAGUAGCAGCCAAUGUGUGGUGUUCAAUGUAGGCCUUGAAAAAAUGCAGUGCUUGACAUUAACCUGGUUAUCCACUCAGACAAGGAGGUGACUGAAAAUAAUGUUGUUUGAAUAAAGAAACCAACCAAGAAUAUGAACAAAUGUGCACGCGCAGCGACAUGUGGUUCUGUGCUUUGAUCUCAAAACAAGUGCAUCUACUCGCGACCGCUUGUGCCUGUCAAUGCAAUAGAAUCCUCCGACGAUGCUCUCUGCCUAAAACAAAAUCCCACACUAAGUCUUCCUUAGUUUUGUUUCGGUAUUUUCCAUUGAAAGGGGCUAAUAUUAUGUUGAUUUGAUCACAAUUUCCACAGUAGAGUGAAACGUUGAUAGUGUAAAGUAACAGGGCAAACUCUUGUAAAGUUGAGUGAAGUUCAAUCUCGUGCGUCUCUGCGCGGGCUGUUAUUUUCUUUCUGCGCGUUAGUCUUGGGGAAGCUGAGGGAACAUUGCUGAUGACGCCUGCGGGCAAAAGAAGGGUUAAAGUGUGUUUAGCGUUUUGUUUAGCUUAUGAAUAUUCAUAGUGAGUGUCCCCAGAGCAACGUCACACGAUACACUCCUGUAACUAAUGAUUAUUGACAGCUCCCAGAAGUGUGUGUUAACCUGCAGGGCAAAUUAGUUAUUAUUUACACAUUUACAUUUACAUUUUAGUCAUUUAGCAGACGCUCUUUCCACAGGGCAUACAUUUUAUUUUUUCAUUUACAAUGAUUUAGGUUUGACUUCCCUGCCUCUUACUCGCUCUGUUUUUGCCUCUUGAGUACCUUCAUCUGUCAUUUUCCUGAUGACAUGAUCGAAUUGGUCAAAGUCAUGUGGUAGAAACCAUGCUAUUGAAAUGUAUGUAUAUUGAAAUCUGUCAGAGUUUAGCAUUUUCCUUCCAGCACCUUCACUACUGGUUUUGGGUGUGCAGUAGAUUCUGCCUAAUAUCUACAAGAAAACAUGCUAUUGAAAUGUAUGUAUAUUGAAAUCUGUCAGAGAAAAGGAUGCAUUGACAAGUAUUCUAACAUCCAUUAUGUUGGAGCUGAGCCACUAUGAUCCACAUCAUUGGUGUCUACAUCGCCUCCUAGUGGCUGCAUUUGUAGUUAAUAAUUUUUUUAUGUAUGUUUUAUAGGAGGAUCUCUGGAUAGUAGCACUUUGUCUAAGUCCACUUUCCUCUCCUACAGGUAAGAAGUGGUGUGUGUGUGUGUGUGUGAUUUACGUUUUGGUCCACGUCACAGGCAGAUCUAAUUCUCUACUUAUUCCAAAUUAGAUUAAAUAAAUUGGAGAAGGUUGAAAACUCACUAAAAGCUCUUCUCAUCUCUCCCAUUACCUCCCUCUCUCCCUCCCUCCCUCUGAAGGAAAGAAUGGGAUGACUUGUUUCUGAACACUAAUUACCUGACCAGGAUCCGGCAGGCAGGCAUCAACGGUCGAUUGCGGAGCAGCCGAUUCCGCAGUGUGUGCUGGAAGGUAAACCAGUCACAGACAAACAUGGCUCUUGGGUGUCUGAAGGUAUUUCUACCAUGUGAGUCAUGUGUGUUGUCUUCUAGUUGUACCUGGAGGUCCUUCCUGAGGAUAAGAGCCAAUGGAUCAACAAGACCAAGGAGCUACGAGCCCAGUAUGAGAGGAUCAAAGAGACGGUGAGUUGUUGUGUUUGUGCGCGCCAUGUGUUCACCUGUUCCCGUGCCUGCUCGUGUGUGUGUUUGGGUGUGAGUCAGCUCAUACUUUUUACUAUGUCUGUGUGUGCCAGUCACUGACCGCCUCUCCUCUCCUCUCAGCACAUCACCAACCCCCGUAAAGCUGCAGGUCAGCAGGACCUGGUGGUCAACAACCCACUCUCACAGGACGAGGGGGUAAGUGUAGUGUAGCCUCAUAGUCUCUCUAGAUACAACUCCUUAUCCAUAACAGUGGGAAUGUAAACGUCUAAAUAACUAUAUCACAGGACUAAGGGGGUGUCCCUGUUGUAAAUAUCUACUUAUUAAUACACUUUUAUAAUUCAUUUAUUAUGAUAUACAGUGCAUUCAGAAAGUAUUCAGAACCCUUGACUUUUUCCACAUUUUGUUACAUUACAAAUGUAUUAAUAAUAAAAAAACUAAAAUACCUUAUUUACAUACGUAUUCAGACCCUUUGCUGUGAGACUCCAAAUUGAGCUGAGGUGCAUCCUGUUUCCAUUGAUCAUCCUUGAGAUGUUUCUACAACUUGAUUGGAGUCCACCUGUGGUCAAUUCAAUUGAUUGGACAUGAUUUGGAAAGGCACACGCCUGUCUAUAUAAGUUCCCACAGUUGACAGUGCAUGUCAGAGCAAAAAACAAGCCAUGAGGUCGAAGGAAUUGUCUGUAGAGCUCAGAGACAGGAUUGUGUCGAGGCAAAAAUGUCUGCAGCAUUGAAGGUCCCCAAGAACACAGUGGCCUCCAUCAUUCUUAAAUGGAAGAAGUUUGGAACUACCAAGACUCUUCCUAGAGCUGGCCUCCUGGCCAAUCUGAGCAAGGGAGAAGGGUCUUGGUCAGGGAGGUGACCAAGAACCCGAUGGUCACUCUGACAGAGCUCCAGAGUUCCUCUGUGGAGAUGGGAAAACCUUCCAGAAGGACAACCAUCUCUGCAGCACUCCACCAAUCAGGCCUUUAUGGUAGAGUGGCCAGACAGAAGCCACUCCUCAGUAAAAGGCACAUGACAGCCUGCUUGGAGUUUACCAAAAGGCACCUAAAGACUCUGACCAUGAGAAACAAGAUUCUCUGGUCUGAUGAAACCAAGAUUGAACUCUUUGGCCUGAAUGCAUAGCAUCACGUCUGGAGGAAACCUGGCACCAUCCCUACGGUGAAGCAUGGUGGUGGCAGCUUCAUGCUGUGGGGAUGUUUUUCAGCGACAGGGACUGGGAGACUAGUCAGGAUCGAGGGAAAGAUGAACAGAGCAAAGUACAGAGAUCCUUGAUGAAAACCAGCUCCAGAGCUCGCAGGACCUCAGACUGGGGCAAAGGUUCACCUUCCAACAGGACAACAACCCUAAGCACACAGCCAAGACAACUCAGGAGUGGCUUUGGGACAACUCUCUGAAUGUCCUUGAGUGGCCCAGCCAGAGGCCGGACUUGAACCCAAUCGAACAUCUCUGGAGAGACCUGAAAAUAGCUGUGCACCGACGUUCCCCAUCCAACCUGACAGAGCUUGAGAGGAUUUUCAGAGAAGAAUGGGAGAAACUCCCCAAAUACAGGUGUGUCAAGCUUGUAGCAUCAUACCCAAGAAGAGUUGAGGCUGUAAAUCGCUGCCAAAGGUGCUUCAACAAAGUACUGAGUAAAGGAUCUGAAUACUUAUGUAAAUGUGAUAUUUCCAGGGUUUUUUGGGGGGAAAAAUCUCUAAAAACAUGUUUUUACUUUGUCGUUAUGGGGUAUUGUAUGUAGAUUGAUGAGGGAAAAAAUACAAUUGAAUCUAUUUUAGAAUAAGGCUGUAAUGUAACAAAAUGUGGAAAAAGUGAAGGGUCUGAAUACUUUCCGAAUGCACAGGUAACUGCCAAAAUAAUGGAAUGAGGGAUAACAAAAUAUAUUGAAAGCAGGUGCUUCCACACAGGUGUGGUUCCUUAGUUAAUUAAGCAAUUAACAUCCCAUCAUGCUUAGGGUCAUGUAGAAUAAUGCUGGAUAUGAUUUAGGCUUCCAUGGCUAUGCUCCCAUAGGAUGACAAUGCCCCUAUCCACAGGGCACAAAAGGUCACUGAAUGGUUUGUUGAGCAUGAAAAUGAUGUAAGCCAUAUGCCAUGUCCGUCUGAGUCACCAGAUCACAACACAAUUGAAAACUUAUGGGAGAUUCUGGAGUGGCGCCUGAGACUGGGUUUUCCAUCAACAACAUUUCUCGUGGAAGAAUGGUGUCGCAUCCCUCCGAUAGAGGUCCAGACACUUGUAGAAUCUACGCCAAGAUGCAUUAAAGCUGUUCUAGCUCGUGGUGGCCCAACGCCCUAUUAAGACACUUUUUGUUGGUGUUUCCUUUAUUUUUGUAUUUACCCAUAUGUUCCUAUAUUGUGUAAUUGUGUAUUGACACCAAUGGGGAAUGGUAACCUCGUACAACAUUCUGUAAUCAGUCUGGUAAUAGGAGGCUAGGUGAAUGGGUCUGUGGUGUAUUUCCUGGUCCAUAUGUCCCUGUGCUCUCCUCUCCCUCCUGUCCAGAGCCUGUGGAACAAGUUCUUCCAGGACAAAGAGUUGAGAGGGAUGAUCAAACAGGACGUGAUGAGAACGUGAGUCUGAUUUAACAUCUUCUCAACUGCUCCUUUAAAUACAGCUCUGGUUAUCAAAUAAUGUCAUGCUCAUGUCUACUGUACACCUCUCACAUAAACACUCUCACCCUCUUUUCUCUCCCUCUCUUCUCGCCGUCUCCUUUUGCCCUCUCCUUUCGCCCUGUCCCCCUCUCUUCUCUCCCUCUCCUUUUGCCCUCUCCUUUCGCCCUCUCUUCUCUCCCUCUCUUCUCUCACUCUCUUCUCUCACUUUCUUCUCUCUCUUCUCUCCCUCUCCUUUUGCCCUCUCCUCUCUCCCUCUCUUCUCUCCCUCUCCUUUUCCCUCUCCUCUCUCCCUCUCUUCUCUCCUCGCUCCCUCUCUCUUCUCUCCCUCUCCUUUCGCCCUCUCCUUUUGCCCUCUCUUCUCUCCCUCUCUCUUCUUUCUCUAUUCUGUCUGUAGGUUUCCUGAGAUGCGUUACUUCCAAGAGGAGGACGUAAGGACCAAGCUGACAGACAUCUUGUUCUGUUACGCCCGAGAGAAUGAACAAUUACUGUACAAACAGGUACCAUUACAGCAUUAGUUAAGAUUUAUACAGGCACACACUGUGUUAGAUAUGCCAUCAAGCAUGCUAAUGCACCCUAUAGACUAGACGGUGUACUGUCUACAUAGUGCUACAGAGGGAGAGAGGAUGAUGACCAGUCAGUGUUCUAACAGGAAGUGACACAUGGCUGGCCACUGGGUAAUGAAGUUUAAUGAUGCUCUGUCAAUACUGAUAACAUACCUCAUGCAUCACCCUGAGAGAAACAGGCCAUUCUCACUCUCUCUGUCUCUCUCUCACUCUCUCGCUGUCUGUCUCUCUGUCUCUCUCUCCCUUUUCCUCUCACUCACUCUCUCUAUCCCCCUCUCUUUCUGCAGGGAAUGCAUGAGUUGUUGGCUCCUAUCGUGUUCGUCCUACACUGUGACCAUCAGGCUUUUCAGCACGCCAGUGAGACCGUCCACCCCAGGUCAGUCACACCUGCACUCCUACUCCACAUCGACUUCCUACCCUUCAGUUUAACCCUAUCCUGUUCAUUCUUCCAAAUUGAUCUAUGUGUUGAUCUAAUGCUUUUGUCUUUGGCCCACAGUGAGGAGAUGAUGUCUCUACUGAAUCCCAUGUUCCAUGAACAUGACGCCUAGUGAGUGAAAUAUGCAUUCUACUUUCAUCUACAUUCUUCACCUCCUAGGUCAGGGAUGGCCUACUGGUCCCCCCUUUUGUAGGCACGCGGACACAUUUCACAAAAUAUUGUUAUUAUUAUUAUGUAUUUUUUUAGGAACUCAGUCAGGGUCUCAACUUACUGUUGAGAGUUAGAAUAGAAGAAUACACUAGAUGCAAUUUCGAAAUUUGGUUGUGUAUCAGCAGUCACUCAAUUAGCCCAUGUCGGCUAAAUGUUUUUAGAUUGGUAAGUUAGUCUAGCGGCCAACGACCUAAACUUGUAGUAAGCAUGGUUGGGGGGGUAGGGGCCCUCAUGAUGAGUUACGUUUUUUUGUGGCCCCCCACCCCCAUCAAAGUUGCCCGUCCCUGUCCUAAGUGAUGGCAAUAAUAUGGACAGGUCACAGAGAGUGAGACUUCUAACAUGAGACUCUGUGUGUCUUUGUUCUGUAGUGCCAUGUUUUCCCAGCUGAUGGAGACAGCAGAACCCUGGUUCUCCAGCUUCGAGAGGGUAGUCACAAGGGUCAGUAGUAGUACUCCUGUUAAUAUUCUCUUUACGUGAAAAAGUUGUAACACUCACAGGCUAUUUUUGUAAUAACCUUUCAAAAACACUCCGGUAAUGGCUGAAAUGGGCUCAAUGGAAUACAUUGUCUUUCCGUUGUAUCUAUAAGAACGCUGAAGCUUUGUUGGGGAUUUAACGCAUCGUCUCGACACUUCUAUCACAAGAAAGAGAAGAAAGAUAACAUGGGUGUACAUUUUUGUGUAAUUUAGAAAAGUUAUCAUUUAAUACAGUUGAAAUGUUUACAAAUAAGAUGCGCUGAAAUGGAUCCACUAAGCUAAGGAUCCUGGGACUAAACACCUCCCUCUGCAACUGGAUCCUGGACCUCCUGACGGGCCGCCCCCAGGUGGUAUGGGUAGGUAACAACACAUCUGCCACACUGAUCCUCAACACGGGGGCCCCUCAGGGGUGCGUGCUCAGUCCCCUCCUGUACUCUCUGUUCACCCAUGACUGCAUGGCCAGGCACGACUCCAACACCAUCAUUAAGUUUGCCGACGACACAACAGUGGUAGGCCUGAUCACCGACAACGAUGAGACAGCCUAUAGGGAGGAGGUCAGAGAUCUGGCCGUGUGGUGCCAGGACAACAACCUCUCCCUCAACGUGACCAAGACAAAGGAGAUGAUUGUGGACUACAGGAAAAAAAAAGAGGACUGAGCACGCCCCCAUUCUCAUCGACGGGGCUGUAGUGGAACAGGUUGAGAGCUUCAAGUUCCUUGGUGUCCACAUCACCAACGAACUAUCAUGGUCCAAACACACCAAGACAGUCGUGAAGAGGGCACGACAAAGCCUAUUCCCCCUCAGGAGACUGAAAAGAUUUGGCAUGGGUCCUCAGAUCCUCAAAAAAUUCUACAGCUGCACCAUCGAGAGCAUCCUGACUGGUUGCAUCACCGCCUGGUAUGGCAACUGCUUGGCCUCCGACCGCAAGGCACUACAGAGGGUAGUGCGUACGGCCCAGUACAUCACUGGGGCAAAGCUUCCUGCCAUCCAGGACCUCUAUACCAGGCGGUGUCAGAGGAAGGCCCUCAAAAUUAUCAAAGACUCCAGCCACCCUAGUCAUAGACUGUUCUCUCUGCUACCGCACGGCAAGCGGUACCGGAGUGCCAAGUCUAGGUCCAAAAGACUUCUCAACAGCUUCUACCCCCAAGCCAUAAGACUCCUGAACAGCUAAUCAUGGCUACCCGGACUAUUUGCACUGCCCCCCCACCCCAUCCUUUUUACGCUGCUGCUACUCUGUUAAUUAUUUAUGCAUAGUCACUUUAACUCUACCCACAUGUACAUAUGACCUCAACUACCUCAACUAGCCGGUGCCUCUGCACAUUGACUCUGCAACGGUACCCCCCUGUAUAUAUAGCCUCCCUACUGUCACUUUAUUUUACUUCUGCUCUUUUUUUUCUCAACACUUUUUUUUGUUGUUGUUUUAUUUUUACUUUUUUUUGUUUAAAAUAAAUGCACUGUUGGUUAAGGGCUGUAAAUAAGCAUUUCACUGUAAUGUCUGCACCUGUUGUAUUCGGCGCAUGUGACCAAUAAAAUUUGAUUUGAUUUGAAAGCAACUUCCAAAAAUGUACACUGAUUAUAGUGAUAUUAUGUCUGAUCUCAACUAUAAUGUAAAGUAUGUAUAAAUGGGUGUAAUCUGGAGCCAAGCGUGUUGAUUUUUAAUCUGAGUGUAUCCUGCUAUUGACACACAACAACAGUAAUUAAUGAAGCAGUCUAGACAGCACAGGUGAGUACAGGUAGGCCUUCUAGACAGAGCACAUUUUUGGGUGGUUGCAGCCCUGUUCCACCCCUUUAUGUUAAUGUAUUAAUAUAUGCAAAUAUACACCCAGUGUAUUUAUGCAAAACAGGCACAUAUAAGUUUCUUUAUUUUAACACAAAAUAUAAAAAUACCUGAUACUAUUAGAAAAUGUAUAAAUGAGUGCAUUCUAAGAUUUAUUUUGUUGACAUUUGACAAUAAAUUGAAUACCUGAAUUCCCACAAAUCCCUGAACUAUAUUCAUUAUUUGUCCGUGCCAGUAAAAUGUUUUAUACCUAAAAAUCUAUCUUUAUCCAUUGUCCAACUCAACUGUUGCAUUUAUUAGAAUUGUUUUUAAAAACUUUGAACAAUUUUGAUGACGUUGCUAAUUCUAACGUAUUCCAGCGUUGUAUAUUAUGUUAAUGUUAUUCCAAUGUUGUGUUGACGUCAUCUAAACGCUGUGUGAACGUUCUCCUCAGGGGAAGGAGGAGAUGCUGACCAGCAUGCCGUUCGCCCGGCCGCAGGAUUUGGGGCCGUCCAUUGCCAUAGUGACCAAAGUCAACCGUAUCCAGGACCAGCUGGUGAAAAAGCAUGAUGUGGAGCUGCACAUGCACGUCAACCGCCUGGAGAUCGCCCCGCAGAUAUACGGCAUGUGAGUACCGCCACCUGUGUUUGUGUGUGCGUCUGUUUAAUGUGUGUUUGCGUCUAUUAAAUGUGUGUGUGUAUCUGUCUGUAUCUCUAGUCGGUGGGUGCGUCUGCUGUUUGGCCGUGAGUUCCCCCUGCAGGACCUGUUGGUGGUGUGGGACGCCCUGUUUGCUGACAGCAUCACUCUGACUGGUGUAGUCUUGUAGCAUGCUGCUCUAUAUCAGAGACGCUGUAGGACCUCCUCACUGCAUCAAUCUAUGUAAUCAUCUAGUCAGUCAUAGAGGUGGUCUGGUUGGUCGGUCCAGCUAGUAGUCAUCGCUUGCCGUCAGUACGCUUGCAGUCAGUCGUGCGUCGUCAGUCAGCUGUCGUCGCUGCCAGUCAGUCACUCAGGAUCGUCGACUUGCGUCAGUUGUCAGUCAGCUAUGUCAGUCAGUCAGCUGCAGUCAUGUCAGUUUGCCGCCAGUCACUAGUCAUCAUCACUUGCCAGUCAUCAGCUAGUCAGUCAGUCAGCGUUGCCAGUCAGUCGCUAGUCAGUCAGCUUGCCAGUCUCAGUCAGUCAGCUUGCCAGUCAGUCAGCUUGCCAGUCAGUCAGCUAGCCAGUCAGUCAGUCAGCCAGUCAGUCAGUCAGCCAGUCAGUCAGUCCAGCUAGUCAGUCAGUCAGCUUGCCAGUCAGUCAGUCAGUCAGCCAGCUUGCCAGUCAGUCAGUCAGUCAUUGAGCCCUGCUAACUGUUUGUGUUGUUGUUUCCAUCUCAGUGAUAGCGAGUAACUUCCAGACCUGUCUGGGCCUUCUAAUGCACUACCCACCUAUAGGAGACAUCCACACCCUACUACACAAGGCUCUGUUCCUCCGAGAUCCCAAGGUUAGAGCUCACACACAUUUCAGAGCGACACACACCUCUGAGGGGGAGGAAGAGGGGGAGGAAGAGGGAGAGGGAGAGGGAGAGGGAGCUGCUCUUUCCAUGACAGACUGACCAGGUGAAAGCUAUGAUCCCUCAUUUGACAUACUUGUUAAAUCCACUUCAAUCAGUGUACAUGAAGGGGAGGAUACAGGUUGAAGAAGGAUUUUUAAGGCUUGAGACAUGGAUUGUUUAUGUGUGCCAUUCAGAGGGUGAAUGGGCAAGACAAAUGGGGGGGGGGGUGUAGUCUAUGCAGAGCCGUGGUCGGGUCCACUCAGGUCGACUCGGGUCUAUCAGCUGUUGUUACAUAGGCCAGAGACCUGAUGACAAUCAAACAGGACCGACCCAGAUGACGUUUGAAUUUCAGAACCGGGCCUGGCCGGGUCUCUGGUAUAUCAGGUUCACCCGGACCCGUGAAGACCUCUAGUUUGUAGUGUGGCAUGACAAUGAUAGUCAGAGUAGUUGGCUAAAGCACAUAGAGAUCUGGGACCAUAUGACCCCCCCCCCCCCCCCAACCCCACACACAACACUAUUUUGUGUGUUUAUUUUGUCACUAUUUAAUCUGAGCUGUUUUCACUGUCAAUGCCUUUCCCUUUAGAACAAUCCUCGGCCAGCUAACUACCAGUUCCAACAGAAUCUGGACUAUUACAAGACCAGAGGAGCGGACCUGGUCAACAACACCCGGUAAGCAGACACACGCGCAGGCACACUCGCACACACGAGCAUGAGGGACAAUGAUCGUAACAAACAAACACACGCACUUUGUUGGUUCACAAUAUCUUGCUAAACUAACUCUCACUCUCUCUCACUGUCUUGCUUUCUUUAUCUCGCUCUUUGUCUCUCUCUCUUCAUCUCUCUCUUCGUCUCUCUCUCUUUGGCACUCACUCACACACUCACUCACUCACUCACUGUCUCUCUCUUUAUCUCUAUCUCUCCCCCCCCCCCCCAGUGCCAGUGCCAGUGCCAAGACGGCUCCUCUCAACAUCAACAAGGUCUCCAGCAGCCUUCUCAACUUUGGGAGGAAGCUCAUUGCCCCCGCCAUGUCAGCGGGUGGAGCCAGCGGUAUCUCUCCAAUCAACAGCGAGGUUCUGUCUGCCCCCUCCCCCCUCACUGCAGCCCCCCGUUCCCAGGCCGAGCCCCUGUCCUCUGGCCACGCCCCCCUGCAGACGCGGACACACUCCCAGUCCCAGCACCACCGCUUACUCAAGUCUGAGAGCAUGCCAGUCUACCUGAGCAAAGGUGAGGGUUGGAAUCACACACUCACACACUCUUAAUCAAACAGGUAUACUAUGACAUUGACGCUAACACAUCCAUCCAUCCAGUAUCUUAGAGAAGAUUGAUGGCCCCAUAAGCGUAUAAUAGCAAUAAUCAACUAUGAAGUGUGUGUGUGUAUAUGUAUGUAUGUGUGUGUAUAUAUAUAUAUAUAUACACACACACACGUGUGUGCACCAGUUUAGGCUGCUGAGGGGAGGACGGCUGAUAAUAAUGGCUGGAACGGCGCUAACGGAAUGGCAUCAAACAACUGGAAACCAUGUGUUUGAUACCAUUCCAAUGAUUCCGCUCCAGUCAUUACCACGAGCCCAUCCUCCCCAAUUAAGGUGCCACCAACCUCCUGUGGUGUGCACGAGCGAUAGCCGUCACCCUCCUGUCUGUUAGAUGUAGUUUCAGGCGGAGUCUCUCGGGUCUCUCUCUCCACCCACAUUUUCUCUGACACCCAAGGUUACUGCUACCAUAGCAACUGCUUGUGUGCAUAUGUUGCUGUGUUUUUGUCUCCCCUUUCACCAGUUCAUUUCAACCCUGAUCUCUGAGCAUCACAGCACCUCCUGGUUACUUUAUCAACCAAUUAAUCAGUCAGUGAAUGGCGUUGAUCAUCCAUAAGGUCCACAUUCACACUGGUCUUAAUCAAUCACUGAAAGAUACAAGCCAGCAGAAGUGUGGUAGUCCAGAGUUGAAUAGUAUAUUGCCUUAGAUGCACGUUAUACUGCUAGUCAACCAACAGCAGGAGCCAGAGAGACUGUUUUGAGUCGGAGCCAUUCUCCAUCGGUGCAGUAAGUAAAUUGAACCUGAAUACAGUCAUCACACACUCUCAUAUGUCGAGGAGAUGUGAACAUUGAGGAGGUAAGAACAGGACAAGGUUGGUGACAACUGGACGGGUCCAUCUGUCUUCUCUAGUUCAACUCAGACACUCUCAUACGUAGGAGAUGUCAUUGAGGAGCUUUGAACAGGACAGUGGUUCACUGGACGGGUCCCUCUGUCUCUCUUCUUCCUGCUACUCACAGCCCUCGUCUGUUUCGGUCUUUGUGUUAAUCUGUUCUCUUCUCUCUCUUUCAGGCCAAACCUCCAGGACAGUUAGCUCCUCCCCCAGCAUAGAGAGUCUCUCUGGGGGACAGGGUCACACCACAGCGUCCCCGCCCCUUCCUGUCUCCAGGGGAAGUGACAACAGCACCUCAUCCCCACCCCUCUCGGCCACCAAGAAGGACUCCUUCUUCAACAUCACUCGCUCCCACAGCAAGACCAUGAUGGGCAAGAAAGAGGCCGUGAGUAGUGCGCGCUCUCUAUCUUUCUUUCUCUGCAGGUCUCUCUCUCUAAUUCUCCUCUCUUUCUCUCAUUCUCCUCUCUCUCUUUCUCUCUCUCUCUCUCUCUAAUUCUCCACCCUCUCUCUCUCUCUCUCUCUCUCUCCCCAACUCUCUCUCCAACUCUGUCUCUCCAACUCCACCCUCUCUCAAUUCAAUUCCAGGGGCUUUAUUGGCAUGGGAAACAUAUGUUUACAUUGCCAAAGCAAAUGAAAUGGAUAAACAAAAGUGAAAUAAACAAUAAAAAGUGAACAGUAAAUAUUACUCACACAAGUUCAAGAAGAAUAAAGACAUUUCCAAUGUCAUAUUAUGUCUAUAUACAGUGUUGUAACGAUAUUAUUUUGGAACUGUAAUAUUUACUGUUCACUUUUUAUUUAUUUCACUUUUGUUUAUCCAUUUCACUUACUUUGGCAAUCUCUCUCUCCACCCCCUCUCUUUCUCUAACUCUUAAGUUGUCCUCCUCUGUGUUGUGUAAGGAGGAGGAGUUGGAGGCCCAGGUGUCCUUCCUGCAGGGUCAGAUCAAUGACCUAGAAGCCAUGAGCAAGUACUGUGCCAAGAUGAUGAACACACACAUUGGUAAAUUCACAUUUACAUUUUAGUCAUUUAGCAGACACUCUUAUCCAGAGCGACUUACAGUUAGUGAGUGCAUACAUUUUUCAUACUGGUCCCCCGUGGGAAUCGAACCCACAACCCUGCCGUUGCAAGUGCCAUGCUCUACCAACUGAGCUACACGGGACCAUCUACCAAUACAUAUAUCAACAUGCACAUUGAGUUUAACAAACCUGACCCUAACGCAUCAGUGGUUAGAUUGAAAAUCAAGUAUCAACACACAUCUGUGAGUGCCAAUUAUAGCCUGUGAGUUGAGCUAUAACCACGAUGAUGUUUUGAACAAUCUAGUGAUUGAACCAGUAAACAGGUGUAAUCAGUUGUGUGGUUAAAACAAAGGCUUUUGUUUACUGUCUGUGUGUUACUGCUUUAUGAAAUUGUAUUUGUCACAUGCUUCAGUGAAAGUGAAAUGCUUCCUUACGGGUCCUUUUCCAACAAUGCAGAGUUAAAGAUGAAGUGAAAUGCUUCCUUACGGGUCCUUUUCCAACAAUGCAGAGUUAAAGAUGAAGUGAAAUGCUUCCUUACGGGUCCUUUUCCAACAAUGCAGAGUUAAAGAUGAAGUGAAAUGCUUCCUUACGGGUCCUUUUCCAACAAUGCAGAGUUAAAGAUGAAGUGAAAUGCUUCCUUACGGGUCCUUUUCCAACAAUGCAGAGUUAAAGAUGAAGUGAAAUGCUUCCUUACGGGUCCUUUUCCAACAAUGCAGAGUUAAAGAUGAAGAUACAAAUAGUGACACGAGGAAUAAAUACACAGUGGCCGUGUCCGAAUACCCAUACUUGAGUCCUAAAUAGUAGGCCGUUUGAGUAUGUGAAAAAAUCGAGGAUACUUUAAAUGCCCGUAUGUCAUACUCAUUUCGGCUUUGACAACAGCUGAUCAGUUAGAUAUGGGGAGAAGCUACUGAAAUCAACAGCUGAUCAAUUAGAUAUGGGGAUGUGCUAAUGAAAUCAACGCAUAGCGGGAAACUAUGCAAUCGCGCAUGAGGUAUUUUCAGAAUGUGGAGGAUCUCGUUCCCAAUGAUCACUGCUUUAGUUUAUUAUGCUGCUGUUCAGCGGUUCUGGAUUUGCGAUGCACCCGACUGUCCAAGUUUUUCUGUGCAAUAGCCUUUUGAUUUGAACAUUUGAAAAUAUUUAGUGUGUGUACUAGGCUAUUUAAUUGAAUUCAUAUAUGUUACAGCACUUUGGUUUCACUAAUAAAUAGGCUAUGUUGAAAUGGAACCAAAUUCUGUUUCUGUCUUCAGUCCUUUUUUAAAUAGGAUAUAUGGGCUGGCUAUAUGGGCUACGGUAUAGGUCGAAUGUGAUAGUCUGUCUAUAACCAGCCUGAGUAGGCCUAUAACGCCAUUCCCCUUCGAUUCAGAGUUUAGAGAAAUGUAUCGAAUUGAAAAUGAGCUAUUAUCAGGCUGGUUGAUGCAAUGCAUGUCUGUUGAAUAUGGAAAAAUCUACCCGCACUCGGCCCCACCCCAGCUACUCAUCCAGUCAGGAGCCACUACUGCGUUGUGGCCUUGGCAUACUGCAUACCUUUUACUAAACGGUACGUGCUAAAUAGUAUGCGAUAAUGAGUAUAUAGUAUGCAGUUUAAGUAUGUAGUACACUAGUAUGGGUAUAUUCAGACACAGCCGGUGAUUUAACGAAUUAACAAUAAUGAGUAAAUAUUGUUUUUAUGUAUAUUUUAGAAUUGAGUCUGUCGCCAGCGACUGUGAUCUGAUGUCUGUCUCAUCAGGUAAGAUCCAGGAGGUGAUCCUACAGGAGCACCUGGAGAAAGAGGAUGAGGUGUUGGUGUCACUGGCUGGACUCAAACAGGUACUGGACAGCAGCACAACAGGUGUGUGUGUGUGUGCACAUGUUUGCGCCUCUCUGAGUGAGAGUUAGCAUUUUGACCGUGUGUAUUAAGUGCAUGUGUACAUUGUCUAUGUAGGUGUAGGUGUGUGUGUAUGUGUUCUCAGUACAUCUGUGUGUGUUCACCAUGACUUGCUCUGUGUGUUACGUCUGUAUUUAUGAAUGAAUCCGUCAGAUCAAGGACAUCCUGAAGGGGGCGCUGCGUUUCAACCAGAGCCUGCUGGAGGCAGAGGAGAAUGAGGAGAUCACCAUCGCUGACCACCACUAUGACAAUGCCGCCGCCAUCGCACAGCAGCAGCACGCCAACAGUCACCAUGAAGACCAGCCCUACCUGGCCACGCCACAGCGUGGUGAUGGAGAACAGGAGGAGGAAGAACGGGAGCACACGCCACCAGAGCAACAGGUGAAAACACACAUGGUUGUAUUAAUACAUACUCUCAUAUUUGCAGUGUAUCCUCACAUACUUUGGUAUCAUUCCCUAUGCUUCAAAUCUAUGAUGCAUUGUGGGUAUAUUGCGACUGACUGACUGAUCUACAAAUAAUACUAGUAGUUAUUUAUGAUGGAAGGUGAUUUGUAGAUCAGCCAGUCAACAGCAGUGUUGAACAAGCCCCUUGUCUCCCUUAUGCAGGUGUCUCCCCCAGAGUCCUCUCUGUGUGUGGGCUCGGAGGGGAAGAACUGGGACGACUACAUCCUGGUCUCGCAGGAUGGAGAGCUGCAGCCCACCGAGGGAGGGGCAGAGAGGACCCCUCCAAAUAGACAGCUCCACAGCUCGGUCACGGUGGAGCCGGAGGGCGUGGGGGCGUUCCAGGACCCCCUGAUGGGUGCAGCGUCGGGCUCCUCCAGCCCAGACGAGGGCAGCAUUCACAGCAAAGACUCAGACUUCACUAUUGUCAACCCCCAGGACCUGUGAGGGACUUUACUGAUCUGGGUGGGAGUUACCCCUAACCAGAGAUCUAGGAUCAUGUUUAUCUACUCGCUAAUCCCCACCUUAACCAUUAGAUCAGCCUUUAAGGGGUAACUUCAUCCUAACCUGGAGGAUAUGCUGUCCCACAGGGGAAAACCAACUCGCCACUGCUGGGUCAAAUUUGCACAUAGACUGGACUAUGGCAGCCUACUGUCAGGCAGUCGCCAAUACCUUAUAAUCUCCUCUGCCUGUUCUAUCUUAUCAUCUCUGACAUCUUACCUGCACUAACCUGCUCUGUAUUCCUUCAUGAAUACCAUAGAUAUCUCCUAUGCCUAUAGCCUCUACUCCUGUAUGCUUGGGCGUUAGCGCUUAUCCAACCCUAGUUGGAGACAAGUUACUUUAACGGUGAUACCCAUUUCUGCCCCGACAGGAUCAGAUCAACACAGAUCACCACAGGCUACCUUCAGGAACUGGAAUUCAUAGUGCAUUUAUCAGUGUGGGGAAUGCCUUUCUCUUCUCUGUAUGUAGUAAUGGGAGGAGAGGAUAGUACCUUGUUGCUCCAGGUAGGGGAGCUGUCUGUAAUGGGAGGAGAGGGUAGUACCUUGUUGCUCCAGGUAGGGGAGCUGUCUGUAAUGGGAGGAGAGGGUAGUACCUUGUUGCUCCAGGUAGGGGAGCUGUCUGUAAUGGGAGGAGAGGGUAGUACCCUGUUUCUCCAGGUAGGGGAGCUGUCUGUAAUGGGAGGAGGGUAGUACCCUGUUUCUCCAGGUAGGGGAGCUGUCUGUAAUGGGAGGAGAGGGUAGUACCCUGUUUCUCCAGGUAGGGGAGCUGUCUGUAAUGGGAGGAGAGGAUAGUACCUUGUUGCUCCAGGUAGGGGAGCUGUCUGUAAUGGGAGGAGAGGGUAGUACCUUGUUGCUCCAGGUAGGGGAGCUGUCUGUAAUGGGAGGAGAGGGUAGUACCUUGUUUCUCCAGGUAGGGGAGCUGUCUGUAAUGGGAGGAGAGGGUAGUACCUUGUUGCUCCAGGUAGGGGAGCUGUCUGUAAUGGGAGGAGAGGGUAGUACCUUGUUGCUCCAGGUAGGGGAGCUGUCUGUAAUGGGAGGAGAGGGUAGUACCUUGUUUCUCCAGGUAGGGGAGCUGUCUGUAAUGGGAGGAGAGGGUAGUACCCUGUUUCUCCAGGUAGGGGAGCUGUCUGUAAUGGGAGGAGGGUAGUACCCUGUUUCUCCAGGUAGGGGAGCUGUCUGUCCCAUACCUCUGUCUUUAUCUAAUGCCUGUGUCUAAAGAUAUUUUCUUGUCUCUUGCCUCCAUUCAGCUCCUCUUUGA